AUGUCGCAGCCAGACGAACCCGUCAAGUCCCCGACGAAGGUAACGAAGGAGAAGAGGCUCUCUAUCCAGUCUGAUUCGGAUUCUGAUUCGGAUAAGGAAAAUCUGCAGGAUGCAUUCGAAGACGCUGUCGUCGAUGUCGCUGAAGUAGCCAAGGUGCCUGCAACCACUGAGGUUACUAAGGUACCUGAGAUUACCACAACACCUACCAAGACAGCUGAGGUUUCCAAUGCAUCUGACGUUGCGAAGGAACCCGAGGUCCUUGAGGUCGCUGAAGUUCCUGAAGUUGCUGAAGUCUCGGAAGUACGCUCCCUGACCUCAAGAACGCCGUCAGUCUCAAAAGCACCACCCACCGAACCUACGGAGCCAGACUCGCCGAAAAAGGAGAAACAAGAGGAGAGUGAAGUGGAGGAGGAGGAAGCUCCCCCAACACCCGCAAAAGAUAACCACGUUGUUGCCGACGAGUUCAAGAGCGACGAGGAAGAUACGGGAAUUAAACGGAAGCCGUCUCCCGUUUCCCACCGCCUCUCUAAUACCUCAAAUUUGGACAAUGUUAAUCUCGACGACGACCACACGGCCGCCCCACAGGAGCCAGAACCGAAAGCCAGUAGCCCUAUCCAGAAGGCGCCAUCCAAGAAAAUAUCAAUAAGCAGCAUCACUGGCGCUCUUCCAUCCAUGCCAUGGUCACCUCCAGCAGAACCAUCCCCAGCCAAAUCCCCCGGUGCAUCGGCCGCUCCUGUGCCGCAAGUUGCACCCCUUGCCCCAAUACCACACCCAGGGCCUCCGACAAGGAAGCUUACCAGCCCCUUCUCCUGGCUUUCUCGAAACAGCGGUAGUAAGGAGAAGGAGACAUCUCCCCCACCGCCCGCAUCUUCACCUCGAAGGAAUACUGCCAGCUCUAUCGCCACUUUGACGAGCAAUCCUGAGAUGAGCCUUGGCAGACUGGACGAAGAGAAGGAAGGUGACGGCAAAAACGGCGUGAAUGGCGUGGCUCGCCAUAGUUUGAAGGACCGCUUCAAGAUGGUCCGGAUGCGCGAAGAAGCAGGUAUUACGCUUGAUGACGAGAAGACACCUGUGCCGCCACCCAAGGGCGUAGGGCUGGCUACGCCUCCUGCCCAGAAUGGCAACGAUAAAGAGCUCGGAUUUGACCAGCCACCUAGAUCCCCUCUUCCGACGACUCCAAACCCAGCACUAGCACCAGGGACAGUUUCUGGUGUAUCUGCCGGUCCAUCUGACAUGCCUGAUGCCCAGGUAGAUUGGGAUCUGUGGCAGUCGGUGGUCUAUGAAGGACCUGCAGUUGUCUCACGUACAAGCGCAGAGGAACUGAACAGGGCUAUUGCCACUGGAAUCCCUAGCGCUAUCAGAGGAGUAAUUUGGCAGGUCCUCGCACAGAGCAACAACGAAGAGCUGGAAAUAAUGUAUCGAGAGCUCGUUGCCAGAGGCACCGACAAGGAAAAGAAUAGGAACAGCAACAGCACUCUCAGCUCAGGCAGCCAUGGCAAUCUCAGCAUAUCAAAUGAAGCAGUCAACUCAUCUGCUUCGUCAAUUCACUCGGAGCAUUCAGCUGUCAAUAUCAUGCCCUCGCCGAACGAGAAGAGCGCUGAAGCAGUGAUGAAGGCACAGCAGGCGGCAACGGCGGCAAGGCAAAAGAAGCAAAAGGAGGAUGCGGCUAUGCUGCAAAAGCUCGAAAAAACUAUUCGGCGCGACAUGGGUGCAAGAACUAGCUUCUCCAAGUACGCUGCUGCCGCUGGGCUUCAGGAGGGUCUCUUCGGCGUGUGCAAAGCGUACGCGCUGUAUGAUGAGGCCGUUGGCUACGCACAGGGUAUGAACUUUUUGAUCAUGCCCUUACUAUUCAACAUGACGGAAGAAGAAGCCUUCUGCCUUCUGGUUAGGCUGAUGAACCAUUACCAGCUGCGCGACCUUUUCAUUCAAGAUAUGCCAGGCCUUCACAAGAAUCUUUACAUUUUUGAGCGCCUGCUCGAGGAUUUCGAGCCCGCCUUAUACUGCCACCUCCGCCGCCGCAGCAUCUCACCUCAUCUCUAUGCCACCCAGUGGUUCCUGACGCUGUUCGCUUAUCGUUUCCCUCUGCAAUUGGUGCUACGAAUUUACGACCUGAUCCUUUCAGAAGGGUUGUCGGCCAUUUUGCGGUUUGGUAUUGUGUUGAUGCAGAAAAACGCGGCCAAGUUGCUCGCGAUUUCGGACAUGCAGCAGCUCACUGUCUUCCUCAAGGACAAGCUCUUCGACGCCUACAUUGACACAGCUCCAAGCGCAGGAAGCAUUCUAGAGAACGGUUUCUUCGGUAGCUCCAGCUCCAGUAUGGACAAGGAAGUCUACCGAGCCGAUCAACUUGUCAGAGAUGCUUGCGAUGUCAAGGUCACUCCCGAAAUUCUCAAGGCUUAUACCGCUGAGUGGGAGGAAAAGACGAGGGCUGAGAAGGAGCGCGAGGCUGAACUCGAGCAGCUGCGCAGUGCCAACAUUAACUUCGCCAUUAAGGUGCGUAAGCUCGAGGAGCGCGUCGAGGCGUACGAUAGUGAGCAAGCGGCCCUUGCAACAGAGCUGGUCCACACCAAGGUGGAGAAUGAAGAGCUCAAAGACGAGAAUGAAAGUCUCAAGGGACAGGUUCGUGAGCUGCGUAAUGUCAUUGAGAAGCAGCCUGAAGAGCUUGAGAAUGCUUGGAAGGCGGAACGUGAUGAUCUCAUGAAACGCAACGAGAAGGUUCAUGAAGAGAAUCAGAAGUUGGAGAAGGAGUUGGCGGAGUUGGAAGAGGAGCUUGUCCAAACAAAGAUGCAGUACGCUGAGAUCAACUCUCAGCACGAAACCCUUACACGCAAGUGGACGGACCUAAAGCGACAGUUCGCCUAA